UGUUAAUAGAGAAUUCGGCUGUGCGCACGCGGUGUAUUCCGGUGAUAAAAUAGAGCCACAAGCAGCCAGCGAGCAGGUCAGAGCGGAGGAAUUCGGCGAAAACGAAAGCCGAGUCUCCUGCUCACAGUUACCGCUACCACGAAGAGCUCCGGGGCUGGGUCCAUGAUAGCUCAGCAGGGACACAUCUUAAUCUCACGCGGCGGGGCAUUCUGGAAGAGACGGAGACACCUCGGGAGGAUGUCCCACAGCGCGAACCGGGAGUGAAAAUCUUCUCAGCAAGAUGUGAGAUGAUGCGGGAGAAAACUGCGACGGAGGCCAGCGACAUGGUGUUGGUCCGGAGCUCGCACGGCCGAAGCCGAGCCAGAGUGACUCAUGCCGUGGUGGUGAUCUUCUUGGAGUUCUUUGCGUGGGGCCUGCUCACCACGCCCAUGCUGACCGUCCUGCGCGAUGUGUUUCCUCAGCACACCUUCCUGAUGAACGGCCUGGUGCAGGGGGUCAAGGGUUUCCUGUCAUUUCUGUCGGCUCCUCUGAUUGGUGCUCUGUCAGACAUCUGGGGCAGGAAGUCCUUCCUCCUCAUGACAGUGUUCUUCACCUGCGCCCCCAUCCCCUUCAUGAAGAUCAGCCCCUGGUGGUAUUUCGCUCUCAUCUCAGUCUCCGGGAUUUUCGCGGUGACCUUUUCGGUAAUCUUUGCCUACGUCGCCGACAUCACAGAGGAACACGAGAGGAGUACUGCCUACGGACUGGUCUCUGCGACCUUCGCGGCCAGCCUGGUGACGAGUCCGGCCAUCGGGGUCUACCUGUCUGGGCAGUACGGAGACAGCCUGGUGGUCCUUGUUGCCACGGUGAUUGCUGUGGCAGAUAUUGCGUUCGUGUUCUUCGUCGUCCCCGAGUCGCUGCCGGACAAGAUGAGGCUGACGUCCUGGGGGUUCCCCAUCUCCUGGGAGCAGGCCGACCCCUUCGCCUCUCUGCGUCGGGUGGGGAAAGACACCACGGUGCUGCUGAUCUGCGUCACCGUGUUCCUGUCCUACCUGCCUGAAGCCGGGCAGUACUCCAGCUUCUUCCUCUACCUGCGACAGGUGAUCGAGUUUUCUCCGGCAGCCAUCACCGGCUUCAUCGCCAUGGUGGGAAUCCUCUCUAUAGUCGCUCAGACGGUCUUCUUCGGGGUUCUGAUGAGGACCAUCGGUAAGAAGAACACGGUUCUUCUCGGCCUGGCCUUUCAGCUGUUCCAGCUGGUCUGGUAUGGCUUCGGCUCCGAGCCGUGGAUGAUGUGGGCAGCAGGAACUGUAGCGGCCAUGUCUUCGAUCACCUUCCCGGCAAUCUCUGCUCUGGUGUCACACAGCGCCUCACCUGACCAGCAAGGUGUGGCACAGGGGAUGAUCACAGGUAUCAGAGGCCUGUGCAAUGGUUUGGGCCCGGCUCUCUACGGCUUCAUCUUCUUCCUGUUCAAUGUGGAGCUGAACGAAGGGGAGCCGAUGGCAGGAAGAUCCACAGCAAGCACACAGAAGCUGGUCGUCCCGGGCCCGCCCUUCCUCUUCGGCGCGUGCAGCGUCAUAUUUGCUUUAGUUGUCGCCUUCUUCAUCCCUGAGCGCCACCAGCUGGCCGAAGUCAAGACCUGCACCGCCAACAAGGCCGGCAGCAGCUCCGCCGCACACGCUCAGAACGGCAGCCCUCUUGCCGUGCCCAUCAGCGACACAGAGGACCUCGAGCCGCUGCUGCAGGACAGUGUCAUGUGACUCGUAGGCAGUCUGGCCAAUUACAAAACAGAGUCUUGUAUGCAAGUCCCUCCCCCUGUUAAAAAAAAAACAAACCCUCUCUUCCCCCGAUCCAGACCGUCGGGGAACGUUAGGCGGCGGCCUCCCCGGCAAACCGCUUUUUAUCUCACUGAUAUCACUCACCUGUGACUCCUCCCAUUCUUUGCCCAGGUGUGUUUGGGCAGGUAGAACCAAAGGGCUUUGAAGUCUUGCCUCAGUAAGAGUCGAGAUCUCUCCGUUAAAACAGAUCAGCAGAAGUAAAGUGGUCGUGUAGUCGUGCAGGAUCGCAACGUUUUACUUUACGAGCCAAUCGCAGCGAGGACGGGACCAGAGAAGCCAAAGCAACUGACAGCAGCCUCCCAUACCUGUCAGUCAGGUCUGUACCUGACUCCACCCGUCAGGUUCGCAGAGGCGAGGCCAUCAAAUGCUCCUCAUUGUACGGGCAGUGAAAGCUGACACUCAAAACUACGUUGUUGUUUUUUUUUUUUUUUUUUAUGGGGGGGGGUGUUUUUUGGAUCGGAGGGCGAAUCUUGGCGAGGACGAGGAGGUUGGAGCUGCUCGGGAUUGUGGGAUACAAUACCAAAUCAUGAUGAGAUCCAGGUGUUUGUUUUCUGUCUGGAUCUAUUUGCGCUCAGACUUCCCGUCACACAGAGCAUGUGCAAACUGACUGGCUAUGAUGUCAUUGCCCUCUCCCGUCAGGAGUUUGCAUAUUUGGGAGAAAUCCGAGUAAAUAAACGGCGUGAAGCUGGAGGCGUCAUUUAGCUCCGCCUCAUUAUUUCAUUAUUUGGUCUCCCAGUUUAAUAGUUUUAAUUUACUAAUGUGGCGUUUUUGCUUUGAGCUGCAGGUGUGGUCCUUUUGUUUCAGUGUAGAUUUUCCUGCGUUGAUCCAGUAAACGGGACUCGGUUUGACUUCAAAUCAACAUUUAAAUGCAUUUCAUGUAUUUAUUUAUUUAUUUCAUUUUUCUCAGCCCUGAUUUCAAACCUCCGCCCUAUAGACGGUCUCAUGUUUUGCCUCCUCCCAUCCUGUAGAGGGCGCUGUACUGCUGUUUUAUAGCCUAAGGCUGGACGAAGUCUGCAGGGUUGGAGUUUUUACAGCGUGGAUCAAAUUAAUAUCAACGAUUUCACUGAAAACCGAGUUUUCUCUGAGCCGCAGUGACAAGUGAUGGCUUUAAGGACAGAGAGCACCACCUAGUUUUUGCCAUUGCUCCUCCCACAAUCUGAGCCUCUGCGGGUCACCACCUCCUCCUCCUCGUCUUCUUCUUCUGUUUUAAUACUUGAAGUUUGUUUCUGUUUGACCUGAAAGUGCUCUCCCCGUCCGCCUGCCCCUUCCAGGUCGGACAAAUCAAACGCUCCAAGUUACUGAUGCAGUUUGAACCUUGGCGGUCCCGAGGCGGCUGCUCACAAACCAACCGGUGCCGUGUUUUAUUACUCUUUUGUGCUUAUUUUGCCUUUUUGUUACAGGCUGUAUUUCUCAGAAGGUCAACAGAUCGGUUUAAAAAACCUGAUCAGUCGUUUAAGUCGAGUUUUCUCCCAGUUCAGGUUAAAAACCAUCGCAUGUGCGCUCUGUGCAGGUUCUCACGUUUGCCCCUUAAAGCUUCAGCCUUCAUGAUGGGUUCAUGUCACGUAUGUAUUUUUGUGCACAGAGCUCCGGCGGUCCUGGAGGUCUCUUCAUGUCCAGUUUGAACCAGUGAACCAGUGAAACCAGUUUAAGAGCACAUGUGGGGCUCCAGCUGUUGCUUAAAGACAGAUCGAUGAAUCAAUGAUCUUGUGAACCAGAGCACAGGUCAGGUGCGUUUACCUGCACAGCUCGGCUACUGUAAGUGGAAUAUAACUCGUGCUGCAUUCAGGCUCUGUUUCUGUGUGGGAGAUGAUAGUUUUUGACAGUUUAAAGUGACCAAAGGUUCUCUGACAGAUGACGUCACCUUUGAGUGGUAGUUCUUCCUUAUUUUUCCUUUUUUCCCCUGAAUGCAGCAUGAACGUUGUCAUGGCUACAGGAACGCCUGAUCAUCCUGUUGUGACGUUGAUGAUGAUGUAGCUCAGAAGCACAAUCGACUGUUAGAGAAGCUCUCGGCUUAAUAACCUUUAACCUUUUAACCCUUAACGCCCACUUGCCGAUGAUGUCAGAUGGUUUAUUUUCCUAUGCUCACCGAGUGUCCUCAAAUGCCUCGUGGAGAGUCUUGGAUCCCACAGUAGUUUCUCCGAGUACUGAAUGCCUUUCUGUCUGGAAUAUUCUUUAGACUCAGUCCAAUUUAAAACUGGAUCAUUGGAAUUUUUUUUGUCUUAAGUUCACAAAUUUGUGUCCUUCAUGUUGGAAUUCAGAACCUAGAUUUAGUGAUCCGGCCGGAUGACUCAAUCAUUCUUCCUGCUUUUCUGUUAAAUCUGACGAUGAGAUGAAUAUUCUGGAGAUUAGGGCGGCUGAUUGUUGACUCCAUGAUUAAGAGCGAGUCGCUCCAUCACGUCGUCAUCGUGUCAUAAAGUUUUUAAUGAAUUUCCCCGUUGAUGAUUCUCCGAAACUGUUCAUGAAGUGAAACGUGACGUUUUUAAAUGUCAGCUUGUGUUUGGUCACACAGACGAUGGAGGCUGUAAAUCCUCCUCAGAGGCUUUUUUUUUUCUUUUUUUACGGUGAGGCGUGAAGGCUGACGCGCCAACAUGGCCGCCGCAGAGACUGACAGACAUUCCCAGAUGUUCCUCCUCUUCCUCCUCCGUGCAGACCUUUUGCUGAUUGCUGCACUUUAAUUUCUCUGAACGUGUGCCUGAAUCACUCGUGUUCAUAUCACUUUUAUAUUUAAACCGAGAGACGUGUCACGUAUUUUGCUUUUGCUCUUUUAUCUUAAGAACAUAAUUUUGAAUAAUAUCUAUGAUAACGUGAAUAUUAAUAACAAUAAAGAGAAACGUGUGACAUUUGAAA